GUGCAAAAGUGGGGAGGUUUUGCUCCAUCAGGGCGAUCAACCCUGUUUUGGAACCUCAACUUUUGUCGAUUGGUGCCGGUGUCCAUCUCGGUGACUUUAGUAGGAUUGUCACUGGCUUCUAUUCCUCCAAUGGCUUCACUAGAGGAAAUGUGCAAGUGCAUGAUAAUUCUGUUGUCGGAAGCCAGAGCAUUAUCCUCCCCGGUGCAACGCUCGAGAGACAAGUGAUUCUUGGUGCUCUUUCAGCUGCUCCCAUGAACUCAGUUCUUCAAAGAGGUGGUGUGUACAUCGGAUCUCAAUCACCAAUCAUGAUCAAAAACUCAAUGCAUGAGCUGGACGAGCGUAUUGAAGAAAUGGAUGCAAAAUACAAGAAGAUCGUGGGAAACCUUUCUGCAAAUUUGGCUGCCACCACUCUCAAGGUCAGAACAAGAUACUUCCAUCGAAUUGGAGUUAGUGGGAAAGGAGUCCUCAAAAUAUACGACAAGAUUGAAGGACUCCCAAGCCACAAAAUCUUCCAAUGCGGAAAGACAUAUCCUAUCAUAGUCCGUCACAGCAACAGCUUGAGCGCUGACGACGAUGCAAGGCUAGAUGCGCGUGGAGCGGCUGUUAGAAUCCUCUCCGAUGAAUCUACUGGUCAAACAACACUCCUGGAUUUAACACUUAAAACAGGCAAUGCGUUUUACGCACGCACCAUUUCCGACUUUGCUACUUGGCUUGUGUGUGGUUUGCCUGCUAGAGAAGAGCACGUGAAGCGCGCCCCGCACAUCAGAGACGCCGUGUGGGCCUCUCUACGCAAUGCAAAGACGUUCACUGAGCUGCAUUACUACUCCAACAUCUGCAGGCUCUUCAGGUUUAACGAUGGACAUGAGAUGUAUGUCAAACUCAAGUUGCGGCCGUUUGAUCAGACAAUCAUGGAUGAUUCCGGGAAGAUUGAGCCGUUAGGAAUCCUACCUCCUGAAACAGGAGCGAUUCCGAGGGACAGCAACGACAAGCGUCCCUUUCUUUUUUUGGCAGAUGAUUUCCGGAGACGUGUAAGUUCGCCUGGUGGCGUUCGUUAUGUUUUCCAACUGCAACUCCGACCAGUGCCCGAGGACGCAACAGCGCAAGACGAGGUCCUCGAUUGCACGAAGCCAUGGGACGAGAUGCAGUUCCCGUUGAUAGACGUGGGAGAGGUGACCAUCAAUGAGAAUCUCACGCCUAAACAAUCCGAGGAGCUUGAAUUCAAUCCUUACCUCAAAUGCCAUGAAAUCGAUGUGAUCAGAGCAACGUCAGCCUCUCAGAGUGCUUCCAUCGAUCAUGGCCGCUCAUUGAUCUAUGAGAUAUGCCAGAGGUUGAGAAACAAUGAGCCGCUGCCGGAAGCGUGGAGAGCCUUCAUCGAGAAGUCGGAUGUCAAAGUAGACCUCUCUGGCUGUCCCGUCAUGAACCAGAAACACGACUCCUCUGUGUCGACCCAAGUGAUGCUUGCGAGAGCUUGGAUUGUGAUUGGUGAGGGUGGAUUUGUGGGAAGUCGAGCAGUGGCCAUGCCAGGAGUGGUUGUGGAAGAUGGAGGCAGUCUUGGUGCGCUCUCACUUGCCAUGAAGGGGGAACUUGUUAGGAUUAAGUCGCAAUCUCAAUAAUUGUCUCCACUUAUGUAUGGGGCUAAAUAAGUUUAUCAUUUCCAAUAAUACUUUCCAAAGAUUACUUCUUUUA